CUUGAUCCGAAUAGGAUUUGCCUUCCUACAAAAAGGCUAGGGAUGGAACUUUCAGGAGCACGAUAACUGAUUGAUUUCUAUCAGCUUCUUUUCGUCUGCUUACGCUACCUCUAGCAAAGGUUUUCAAUUCACAGCUCUGUAUAUAUUGCAAAUCUCAAAAUAGCUGAUCUGGUGUUGGUGUGGUGACAGAAGCAGAAAUCAUGCCGAAGAAUAAGGGAAAGGGAGGUAAGAAUAGGAAGAGAGGAAAGAACGAAGCAGAUGAUGAGAAACGUGAGCUUAUCUUCAAGGAAGAUGGGCAGGAAUAUGCCCAAGUGCUUCGCAUGCUUGGUAAUGGCCGUUGUGAAGCCAUGUGUAUUGAUGGCUCCAAGCGUCUAUGUCACAUUCGUGGGAAGAUGCACAAGAAGGUUUGGAUAGCAGCUGGUGAUAUCAUACUUGUUGGGCUGCGUGACUACCAGGAUGACAAGGCUGAUGUUAUCUUGAAGUAUAUGCCAGAUGAAGCUAGGCUUCUAAAGGCCUAUGGUGAACUUCCUGAGAGUACACGUCUCAAUGAGGGUAUUGCUGGAGGUCUUGAUGAGGAGGAUGAUGGUGCUGGUGAUGAUUAUAUUGAGUUUGAGGAUGAAGAUAUUGAUAAGAUCUAGAAUUUGGGAACUGAUUCUGUUUCUAUUUUAUGUUUAGUUAUGAAGAGAGAUGGUUCAUGAGAGUGGCUAAUGAUAUUAAAAUGCCCAAACGAGGGUUUGUGCUUUAUAAAUUGGAAUUUGAGAUGCUAAACUGAUCAUGUUUCAUAUAAUACCUGUUGUUAUCACUUUUAA